UGUUUUCGGUCAAAAAAUUGUGAAAACAACUUGCUGACUGUCUCCGUCAACCAGUCAAAUUACUUUUAACAUAAAAGACAAAGGUGUGUCUGAGGCCGACGAAGUCACUGCCUUCGUUAUCACCUCAAAUAAAAUUCCAAGAUGACCGAACGCUUGGCCAGUCCAUCAAGCUUGUGGUCAAUACAUUCUGCCAUAUCAAUCACAACUUUGACACUGUGCACUUUGUAUUUGUUCGCCUUCGAUGGUUUAACUGAAGUUGGCAAUUUGUGGAAGUCUCCAACCAUCCCAUUACUCAUUGCAUCCGAGCUGCUCAAAUGGUUCGUCAAUGUAAAAUGGCUCAAACUUGUGGGUCGACCGAAACACAUUCCGGUUGCUGCUUAUCAGCGACAUGAAGCGCAGCUAGUCAAUCGCAUCAAAUACGCUGUCAACAUCAUCAUUACAUUAGCGGUGUUCUUCUUCGUUUAUGCAUUCGCUUGCAUUAUCUUCGGAGCCGCAAUCAUCGAACAUUUACCCGGUACAAUAAGCUUGUCGCUCGUCUUAGUUACAUUGACUGUGCUACCAUUUGUACUAUAUUUGGGUAGCCGAGCAACGUGGGAACUGUUAUUUUGUGAUGAAUUUCAGUUGACUUCCAAGUCACAGACAGCUUAUUUGGAAUAUAUCCAAAAUAAUGCCACGGCGUGUCUGUUCGGCGCAUGGAUUAGUUCGAUUGUAGUGCCACUGGAUUGGGACAGAGAUUGGCAAACGUAUCCGAUUCCGAAUGUGUGCGGUGCUAUGAUGGGAAUGGCAGUGUCGAAUGGUUACUGGCUGUUGAUGGGAGUCGGUAGUAGGUUCACAAGAAUUGAGAAAUUAUUGAAUCGCCAAAAAUCGAAUUAAAAUCGAAGAAUUUCCUAAUAAGUAUUCCAUGUUCGUUCAGAUUUACUUAGACUAGUCUGAAGUCUGAACGAAUUACAGUUUGAAUGUUGUAUAAUUUAGAGCUGGAAUAAGUUAGCACAGAGCACAAAAUGUGGUGGCAUCGUCUGGUAAGAUCUAUUGGUACCACUUGUUGUAUGUUUCGAUACCAUUGAUCUAUUUGGUACGUGAGAUAUGCAUGCUGUGUCGAAUAAUUCGAUAUGGAAUAUCUUUUGACAAAAUUUCAAAUGAACAUCAGUUACCACAAGACAAAUUACUCAAGAUGUAGAAUUGUGCGGACAUUAGUUCUUGGAUCCGGUGAAUCAAAACGUAAGCUUUGAACUAUAAAUGGAGUUUAAUUCUCAGAACGUUUUCCUAUAUUAUCGUCCAGUUCGAGUGCAUCCCACCUCAAAAAUGUCGGUGAUCUGGACAACCGUUUCAUACGAGGUUCGUUUACCAUGGAGGUUCGACUGCUCGUUGUGAUUUCGGUGGAUACUGUUCCUAUUAAAUUUUGCCGUUUUGGACUAGUGGAAAUUUCCUCGACUGCAUCAGGACACGCGUUCCACCGCAAAAAUGUUGGUGAUCUAGAAAAACGCUUCGUCGUUGCUUUUCCUUUUUCGAAUUGAUCCUCUUCUUCCGGUCCUUUCAUUUUCAUCUUGAUCAUUUGAUUGAAUUCUUCAUCCAGUCGACCAUCGAAUCCAUCAGAAAAAUCAGAGUCAGAUGAAUCGUCGUCAUAUCUGAUUAAAUAUAUUAUUGGAAUUUCAAGGUCAGACAUUUGUUUACGUUCAGCGUGAAAAAUCUCUUUUAGUUUCUUCGAAUUAUAAAUUUACUUACAUUUUGUCUAUUUUGGAGUGGGUAUCGUCACACCGUUUAGUGUUAUAACAGUUAUUCAUUUGAUUUACUUAACAUUCAGCGUACACAAAAAAUGUCCAGACAAAAUGACACUGAAAAUUCUAAACUAAAACACAUCUUUUGUACAUUAUAAUGUGUGUGCGUCGGUGUGCCUACUUUCGUUUACAGUUCCAAGGCAUAUUUUUUGAAAUUUUUAAUCAGUAACAGCGAAAAAUGAGUACCGAUAGAUGUAACCUGCAUUUGGUGCUCUGUGCUAAUUUCUACCAGAUUUGUACUUUAGACGAAGGUCUUUAAUGUUGCCAUUAGGCGUCGACUUGAAGAGAUGUACAAAGUUUACUCUCUACCGAAAAUUUUGAGAAAAUAAAUGGAAUAAAAAGCUUAAACCA